UCUUCUCCUAACAGUCCUUGGUCACUCCUUACGGUCCAUGCCCUACCCCUUUUCGCUGGAGGUCCACUGAAGACGCCCAUAGAGGAUCUGAACCAACUGUGUCACUCCCAUAUACUAGCGACGGCUCAGAGGGCUCCUUCCAAUCGACUGGUCAUUAUGCUGACUUCGGAUCUACGUGAUUUCAUCGUAUCCGGGAUGCGAACAUUGCAAGCAAAGUUUGAAACGUUGGAAGAUGCCAAAGUCGUUUCACGGGCUGCGGAAGUAUGGUCAUUCUUUUGGGCUCAAGUCCUU